AUGGAUGAAGCUGCAAAAUUUGUGACCAUCGCGCCAGAUGGUGGCGGUGCGACUGAUCCAAAGCCGGGGAGUGUUCCAGAUGGCGGCCUGCACGAUUCCGAAUUGGAUGCCUUGUUGGAGGAAUCUGAGGAAGCAACUGCAAAGCAACAAAAGCCAAAGUACUCGAAAGCACUGUCCAGUGUUGGCGGCCAGGCCCAGAAAAUGGUGCAGGAAAGGGCCCAAGAACAAAUCAACGAGAUGCAGCUGUCGUGCAGUGCGCUCGGCAUCAACCAGCGGUCUGCCAAAGAGCUGCAGUUGCUCAGAGGGGAGGUGGAGUUCAGUGGAUUGGGUACUGGUGGUCACCGUGCUCACUACGUGAUUGCUCCUCCAGAGAUGGAGAGUGCAGAUGAACUCUUGCGCUGGAUGUUCGUCCGCCGGGAUGGAUGGCGCUUGAAGCCUCCAAAUCUUUUGCUAUCUUGCUAUGGCGGAAGAGAUCACUAUGUGAACUGGGCUCAUUCACCAACGCUUCGAAACCGAGAGGCCUGGGCCACGGCCACCGGCGCCGUAGAGGAUUGGCAGUUCAGACAGAAGUUUACCAGCCGACUGUCAGAGAUCUCAUCAGGUGUUUGCCAAGCUGUGAGCGAAUGUGGGGGAUGGUUUGAUCUGGGCACUGGACCUAGAGGAGGCUUGAACGAAGUUUUGAUGGACGGCUUGAAGGUCUAUUGGUCCGCCUUUGGAUGCCUGGCAGGACACAAGACCGACAACGUGGUGUUCUGUGUGCGCUUUUUGCAGGACACGGAGUUCAAGGACAGCUUUCUCCAGUGUGCACAAGCUGUGCCCGCAUCCGGUCCUGUUGACAAGCAGGAAGAUUUGAAGGAACGAGUGAUGUACCCGUCUGUCAACAGCCAGUUGUUUCCGGAGCUCGGAACCGAUCCGAAGGCCAAUGAUCAGGAUCUCCGGGGCUUAGAUCCAGAUGAAGAAGAUGCAGGGAAGAGUGCAAAGAGUGUUGCUGACUUGGAGCUAGAAGUACGUGCUCAAAUCACGAGGCGCUUUCUCUGCAAUGCUCUUACUCACAUUAUUUUUGUUCAGAGUCAGCAAACACUGGACAGACUGAGAAUCAAGCUCCGCUCUUUGGCUACGCGGGCAUCCAUUUUUGCCAAUGGAAAUGAAGCUCUCAUUCAACCUGGUGUGGAUGGUAAGAUUUUGAUGGAGGCAGUGACAGGCGUGCCCAUCGUGUGUCUUCACAACACAGGAGGUGCCGCUGAAAUGUUGGGUGCUGCAGUUCUCCGAAGACGCCAGCCCCAUCAUGCUGAACACUCGAAGUUCAUGUAUGGAUAUGACCUGCCGGAAAAUGUACCUGAUGAUCAGUUCUUGAUCCUGAAUCCAGCAAAGGAUUCAGUUGAAAAGGUCAUCAACAAGCUGACACUUGUCUUGUCCACAGUCCAAGAUGAUGAAAUGAUGGAGAUUGGCUUUGCCAAGAGCGAAGAAAAUCGUCUCCGAUAUGCUUGGGAACAAUACUUGCUCUAUGCCUACAAUGCGGCGAUUUUCCGACGAAGAGCUAGAAUUCUGCAGUACAGUGCCCUGGUGCUUUCAGUUGUUGUGACCGUGGUUGCUAUCUUGUAUCGCGAAAGCACGACGAACCCAGACUCACCUUUGCAAAAGGAAGAGCUCAGAGUGAGCUUGCUGGUCCUGCCCUGUGUGAGUGCUUUUGUUCUGACCUCAAUCAGCCGAUUGAACUUUGUCAACAAAUGGGCAGCUUUGGAAAGCGGUGCUGUGAAUGUGAAGAGCGAGAUCUAUCAGUACCGCUGUCGUGUGCUGUAUUACCAGCCUCGGAAGUCCAACGACAUGGACAUUGAAGAUCGCGUGGAGGAGCUCUGUGACAAUCCUCCUAGCACCGCUGACCUAGCCACCCUAGCAGCUCUGAAGAAGAGGCAGAAGAAGGCUGAGGCAACAGCCCCAAAUGGAAUAACUCGUCGAGGCACUUUCUCAGCAGCUUUAGCACAAAUCAACUCUGAUGCCACAGGCUCGGAUGUCCGGGCUGAUUACUUGUCUAUGCCGCCAGCUUCGGCCAUGGCAAAACUGAAGGCUAACCUCUAUGACUGGGACAAGGUGCUUGCCUCCUACCACCAGCGCACUUCCUCCACUUCCUCUUGCAAAAGGCUUUGCAAUCCCUGCAGACGUCCUUCUGCGAAGGUUAUGGAUCUUGAGGACGGCCCAUGGAACCAGGCUGGCAGCGAUUUCCACCCAAACCCCUUUGCAAUUGAUGACGACUAUUUGAAUGAUGAUGGAACAUCUCUAGUGACGGCCGAGGACUACAUCCAUUUCCGAUUUUUGCCCAUGCUUCAGUACUACUCUUGGCGCAGCCGUGACCUUUCAAGGAAAGUGCUGGUUCUCCAGGUCUUGACCUACUUUCUGACUGCAGCACUGGCGGCUGCAACUCCUCUCGGCUACGAAGCUUGGAUACCAGUCCUGGUGUCCUUCAUCUCCUUUUUCGCGGGGAUCAUGGAAUUUGAGGCCUUGUCGUCUCAACUGCGCAAUGUCAAUCAAUCCUUGGAGUCACUCAAGAACCUUCAUUUCUGGUGGCAGAGCCUUUCAAUGGUCGAGCGGCGAAUGCCCUCCAACAAGAACGAACUAGUGGCUUGCACAGAGGCGACGGCUGACAGUGAGAUCUCCGCAUGGAAAAAGACAUUGAAAGUCAAGAGUGUGACAUCUGGCGGUUCAAAUGGGAAAGAAGAGGCUGAGGAGGAUUCGGAUUGA